AUGUGCCUGCAGGCGAUGACAGUAAUGGCUGGGUCUUCAUCGACUACUGCAGGAGGGCGAGGGAGAAUAUAAGGCAGCGGAGGGCCCGAGGGAGUAUCAGUGUGUGUGUGUAUCUUGUCUCAAGCACAGCCAUCACCCACGGUAUCACGGAGGUUCUCACCCUACUGGCUGCGUCCACUAUAUUGUUUACAGCCCGUCACAUCAUGGCAGAAUUAGCACUAGCCAACGUAGCGUCAGUGAUCGUCGCUGGCGCUGUGGGUCUGGGUAUAGCUGGUAUCGCUGCGGCCUUCUCCCGAAGACACUACGGGGGUCGUCCUUAUAGCUACCGCUAUCGCCACCGCCGCUACCGCCGCUCUCCUGUACAAUCCAAGAACAACCUGGAGAAGACGAUGGAGAUCAUACGCAGUGAGGACGUGUCCGGGUGUGGUCUGAGGCUUAUGUGUGAAGUGGCAGGUCUCAGGAACCAACACCUCACGAUGGAGGAGAAGGCCAUACUAGACCUUGUGGGCCCAGGCCAGAUGCCGAGGUCAGGGUUCACGCCCAAGGGCGCCCUGCAGGAAUACAAGCUCGCCAAAGGUCUCGGACAGUCCGGCGGUAGCUGUGGCCAGGUGUACUCUACCUGUCCCUACAGCGGUGCCCAGCUGGUACACACUGUCAUGGGCUACUUACCUUAGGAGACAACUGGCCUUCGAGACCCGAGGAGACCACUGGCCCUUGGAACCAUAGGAGACCACUGACCCUAGGGACCCCAGGAGACCACUGGCCCUAAGGACCCUAGGAGACCACUGGUCGUGGAAAUCCUCGUUAGUUAUUCCUGGGAAUGUUAACUUUGGUUCCAGUUAUUAACUGAGACCUGCGUUAUUAUUUGAGACCUGAGUUAUUAAGACCUGAGUUAUUAUUAAGACCGGAGUUAUUUUUAAGACCUGAGAUACUAUUAAGACCUGAAUUAUUAAGACCUGAGAUAUUUAGACCUGAGUUAUUAUUAAGACCUGAGUUAUCAUUAAGACCUGAGUAAUUAUUAUGACCUGAAUUAUUUAGACCUGAGUUAUUAUUAAGAUCUGAAUUAUUAUUAAGACCUGAAUUAUUAAGACCUGAGUUAUCAUUAAGACCUGAGUAAUUAUUAUGACCUGAAUUAUUAUUUGAGACCUGAGUAAUUGGAGUUUCCAAUAACGGAGAAGCUGGGGUUCCUAACGCCAGUCACUCUUCUGAACAGAGAGAACGGGAAGUGUGUGCAUCACCCUCAGGUCUAAUGGCUCUAUCAUUGUCACCGUCCAGCCUGGAACACCACCAUGGUUCAGGUUCUGGGUUUCAACUAAUUAAUGGUCAGAAUAGUUUUCAUUAUUAUAUGUUUCAGUAUAGAACGAUUUGUGUGUUCGUUAAGGAUUUUUGUUGUGUGUACAUUAAGUUUACUCUGCGUGUAAAGACGUGAGCGAUACUUCCUUAACGUCACUUCUACUGUUAGUCAAAUAUUUAUCUACUUUACAAAUUAAAAGUAUUUAUUAUUAUUGUUUAUUCCAUUGUUAAAUGAUCACGUGUUAACGAUACAAAUGUUUUAUAAUUACCUCGUAAAUGUUCUCUUACUUAUUAAAUGUUCACUUAAAAAUUAUUUCCUUGCUGAAUGUUUAUCAGAUAUUCAUUUGUUAGUUGUUCUCUUAUUAAUGUUCACUUAUCAAAUGUUUACUCACCAAUUUGUAAUUUUUUAAAUAAAUAUUAAAUGUUAAUUUUUUCAAUUUUUAUUAAAUAAAUGUUUACCUGUAAUUAUUUACCAGCUGUAUGUUGACAGGUCCUGGUGAAUGUUAACUACUUACUGUAUCAAACUGUUACUUAUA